AUGGCACUGACGGCUGUCGCCACUGACAUCAUCACCACCAAGCACCACGUGUCGGUGCACGUGCUGUUCGUGGCGGACACGGCCGGCACCAUCAGGAAGCUGAGCGUGGUGCCGCGCUCGCGGCAGACGUGCCUGCUGGAGGUGCUGCAGCCGUUCGCGGCGCCCACCACCAUCCUCACCAUGAGGCUGCUGAGCGAGGCGGGCUCUUUGUACCUGGGCACGGACUCGGCGCUGGUGCGUGUGCCGGUGCAGCGCUGCGAGCGGUACCGGAGCGAGACCAGCUGCCUGGGCGCCAUGGACCCGUACUGCGGCUGGGACGCGUCCGGCUUGGACGAGCGGCACUGUGACGCCGAUGGACGCUGCUCGCCAGCCAACUGGACGGGCCUGGGCUGGGGCGACUGGAGUCCGUGGUCCGAGUGUUCCGUCCCUUGCGGCGGCGGUGUGCAGACCAAGUCUCGCACGUGCGACGGAGACAGCGCCGCCUGUCUGGGACCCAGCCGCGUGGAGCAGGAGUGUAACGUUCAACGCUGCAAAGGCGACUGGUCCUGCUGGUCCGAGUGGUCCGCCUGCAGCGUCUCCUGCGGUGUGGGCCGUCGCCGGCGCGACAGAGAGUGCCGGGCGACUGCGGCCGCCGGCUCCGCCGACGUGAUCUGCGACGGUGCUGCCACCUCUGAGGAGCCGUGCGAAAUGACCAGCUGCACGAGCCUUGAGGGGUGGAAUCAAUGGUCCGUGUGGAGCCUGUGCGACGCACGCGGCGAGCAGCACCGCGCCCGCCACUGCAUGGUCUCGGAGCCGGGCGGCGAGCUGUGCCAGGGCGAAGACCGCCAGGCCCGGCUCUGCGUCGACACUGGCGACGCGGAGUGA